CAUGGAGAUCGUAGGAGAGAAGUCGCGCCAUUCACUGCAGGAACAUCUGCAUCUAAUCACAGCGCCCCUGCAGGUCGUCUGGGGGAAGCACGACCAGGUCCUGGAUGUUUCAGGAGCCGCUGUGAUCCAGAAGGCGCUGCAGCACUGCCAGGUGGACGUGUUGGACGACUGCGGCCAUUCUGUUGCCUUGGAGAGGCCAAGAAAAAUAGCUAAACUUAUGAUGGACUUUGUGAUCAGUGAAGCAAAGAAACAUGCUUAAGGAACAUCUUACUGGAUGGAUGGAUGGAUGAUGGAGCUCAAACUGGAGGAUGAACUUUAACUUGGCACAAUUAAAAUGACUUAUAGUGUUGUUUGAGACUUAUAUGCACUUGUUUUAAUUUAACCGCACAAAUCUGGCUGAUAUUUGUUAUAGAUGACAUUCCAGAGGUUUUUUACCUUUGUUUUUUGGAAAAACAGUCUCCGUUU